GGCCGCCCUUUAGCGCUGGACAGCCUCACUGCUGUCACCGUCGGCCUCAGUCUUCCCCCUUCGAGGCAGGGGCGGAACCGGGAGACCGAGGAAGGGAAGCCCUCGGGAGGGCCGCGCCUACUGCCGCCUCUCGGGCGCUGAGGGUCGGACUCAGUGGUGGCAUUUACCAGUGCAUUUGAUAUGCCUGUGAAGGCACAUCGACUGCACUUCUGGGUCAGAGUAGUCACUUUCCAUCCCAUUCCCCAGUCAUGUCAGCGCUCAUGAUGCGUUUGGGCUGGUAUGUGUUUGGAGGCUUAGCAGGGUGCCAGAGAGUCAUGUCCGUAAGCUCUGGGUCCCUCCUGGCAUCCCAUGAGACCUCAGCGUUCCUGCUCCCCAGGGCUACCCUGCUGCACUCCAGGGGCUCGCUGGCUCCACCCUCAGAGUCCUCUGUGUAGCACCACUGCCACCACCAAGCCAGUUCACCUGCAGCCCUGAGGAAGACCCUGCUUCUGCCUGACUCAGCUCUCAGCACAGCACUGAGUGAAGACCAGGCACUCCUCCAGAUCCUUCACCUCCUCUUCACUACUUCUGGGCACCUGCACCUCCAUGCCCGCAGCUCUUGGAACGCAGUCCUGACCUUGGUCAUCUCCAGCUUUACUUGGGCUUAUUCACCUACCUACUUUCCCAACAGCCUGUGCUAGUGCCCCCCUGGAGGGAAGAUGGCGGUGCUGCGGCAGUUGGCACUCCUGCUCUGGAAGAACUAUACUCUGAAGAAGCGGAAGGUUCUGGUGACAAUCCUGGAGCUCUUCCUGCCCCUACUGUUUUCUGGGAUCCUGAUUUGGCUUCGCUUGAAGAUUCAGUCAGAAAAUGUGCCCAAUGCUACUGUCUACCCCAGCCAAUACAUCCAGGAGCUGCCCCUGUUCUUCACUUUGGCCCCACCAGAGGACAGCUGGGAACUUGCCUAUGUCCCUUCCCACAGUGAGGCUGCCAGAACAGUCACUGAGACAGUGAAGAAGGCACUGGAGGUCAACAUAAGAGUGCGAGGCUUUCCCUCUGAGAAGGACUUCGAGGACUACAUUCGGUAUGACAACCACUCCUCCAAUGUGCUGGCUGCCGUGGUGUUCGAGCACGUCUUCAACCACAGCAAGGACCCGCUGCCAUUGGCGGUGAAAUACCACCUACGCUUCAGUUGUACACGAAGAAAUUAUAUGUGGACCCAAACAGGCAAUUUUUUCCUGAAAGAAACAGAGGGCUGGCAUACCAAUUCCCUUUUUCCACUUUUCCCAAACCCAGGACCAAGGGAACCAACAUCCCCUGAUGGUGGGGAACCUGGGUACAUCCGUGAAGGCUUCCUGGUGGUGCAGCAUGCUGUGGACAAAGCCAUCAUGCACUACCAUGCCAAUGCCUCUACACACCAGCUCUUCCAGAAGCUUACAGUGAAGGCAAAGAGAUUCCCUUUCCCGCCAUUCAUCUCAGACCCUUUCCUUAUCGCCAUCCAAUACCAGCUUCCCCUGCUACUCAUGCUGAGCUUCACCUACACGUCUCUCACCAUCAUCCGGUCUGUGGUGCAGGAGAAAGAGAGAAAACUAAAGGAGUACAUGCACAUGAUGGGGCUCAGCAGCUGGCUACACUGGACUGCAUGGUUCCUCAUGUUCUUCCUCUUCCUCCUCAUCGCAGUCUCCUUCAUGACCCUUCUCCUCUGCAUCAAGGUGAAAAAGGACAUAGCGGUGCUCUCAAACAGUGACCCUUCCCUGGUGCUGGUCUUCCUGUUGUGCUUCGCCAUCUCCUCCAUCUCCUUCAGCUUCAUGGUCAGCACCUUCUUCAAUAAAGCCAACAUAGCGGCAGCCGUGGGUGGCUUCCUGUACUUCUUCACCUACAUCCCUUACUUCUUUGUGGCUCCACGCUACAACUGGAUGACACUGAGCCAGAAGCUCCUAUCCUGUCUUCUGUCCAAUGUUGCCACAGCGAUGGGAGCCCAGCUCAUAGGAAAAUUUGAAGCCAAAGGUACAGGCAUCCAGUGGCGAGACCUCCUGAGUCCCGUCAAUGUGGACGACGACUUCUGCUUCGGGCAAGUGCUGGGGAUGCUACUACUGGAUUCUGUGUUCUAUGGCAUGGUGACCUGGUAUGUGGAGGCUGUCUUUCCUGGCCAGUUUGGUGUGCCACAGCCCUGGUACUUCUUCCUCAUGCCCUCCUACUGGUGCGGGAGCCCAAGAACAGUGGUUGGAAAAGAGGAAGAGGACAGUGACCCCGAGAAAGCUCUCAGAACUGAGUACUUCGAAGCAGAGCCAGAAGACCUAGUGGCCGGGAUCAAGAUCAAACAUCUGUCCAAGGUCUUCCGAGUGGGAAAUAAGGACAAGGCAGCUGUCAGAGACCUGAACUUGAACCUGUAUGAGGGGCAGAUCACCGUCCUGCUGGGCCACAAUGGUGCAGGGAAGACUACCACACUUUCUAUGCUCACAGGUCUCUAUCCUCCUACUAGUGGGCAUGUGUACAUCAACGGGUAUGAAAUCUCCCAAGACAUGUCUCUAAUUCGGAAGAGCUUGGGCCUGUGCCCCCAGCAUGAUAUCCUGUUUGACAGCCUGACAGUUGCAGAACAUCUCUACUUCUAUGCUCAGCUGAAAGGCCUGUCACCUCAGAAGUGUCCAGAAGAAGUCAAGCACAUGCUAUAUGUCCUUGGUAUGGAGGACAAGCGGAGCUUGAGGUGCAAGUACCUGAGUGGAGGGAUGAAGCGCAAGCUCUCCAUCGGCAUCGCCCUCAUAGCAGGUUCCAAGUUGUUGAUUCUGGACGAGCCCACCUCGGGCAUGGAUGCCAUCUCCAGGAGGGCCAUCUGGGACCUUCUUCAGCAGCAGAAGAGUGACCGCACCAUCCUACUGACCACGCACUUCAUGGACGAGGCUGACCUGCUGGGGGACCGCAUUGCCAUCAUGGCCAAAGGGGAGCUGCAGUGCUGUGGGUCGUCUCUGUUCCUCAAGCAGAAAUAUGGUGCUGGCUACCAUAUGACCCUGGUGAAAGAACCACAUUGUAAUCCCGAAGCCAUCUCCCAGCUGGUACGCCGCCAUGUCCCCAACGCCACAUUGGAGAGCCACGCUGGGGCUGAGCUGUCCUUUAUUCUUCCUAAGGAGAGCACACACAGGUUUGAAAGUCUCUUUGCUAAACUGGAAAAGAAGCAGAAGGAAUUGGGCAUUGCCAGCUUUGGGGCCUCUGUUACUACUAUGGAAGAGGUCUUCCUCCGGGUCGGUAAGCUAGUGGACACCAGCAUGGACAUUCAAGCCAUCCAGCUUCCUGCCCUGCAGUACCAGCACGAGAGGCGGGCAAGUGACUGGGCGGUGGACAGCAACCUGUGUGGGGUGAUGGACCCCACCGAUGGCAUUGGUGCCCUCAUCGAGGAGGACCACACCAUGGUCAAGCUCAACACCGGGCUUGCCCUCCACUGCCAGCAGCUGUGGGCCAUGUUCCUGAAGAAGGCUGCAUACAGUUGGCGAGAGUGGAAGAUGCUGGCAGCCCAGGUCCUGGUCCCCCUGACCUGCAUCACCCUGGCCCUCCUGGCCAUCACCUACUCCACAGAGGUCUUUGACGAUCCCCUCCUGAAGCUGAGUCUGGGCGAGUAUGGCAAAACCGUCGUGCCCUUCUCAGUCCCCGGUACCUCCCACUUGGAUCAACAACUGUCGGAGCUCUUGAGAGACAUGCUGCAGGCUGAGGGCCAGGAGCCCCGCGAGGUGCUAGGUGACUUGGAAGAGUUCCUGGUUUUCCGAGCUUCAGUGGAGGGAGGUGGCUUUAAUGAGCGAUGCCUGGUGGCAACAUCCUUCAAAGAUGAGGGAGGACAGACAGUCGUCACUGCCUUGUUCAACAACCAGGCAUACCACUCUCCAGCUACCGCCCUAGCCGUUGUGGACAACCUUCUGUUCAAGCUGCUGUGCGGCCCUCGGGCCUCCAUUGAAGUCUCCAACUAUCCCCAGCCCCGGAAUGCCCUGCAGGUUGCCAAGGACCAAUUUAGCGAGGGCCGAAAAGGAUUCGACAUCGCCCUCAAUUUGCUCUUCGCCAUGGCAUUUCUGGCCAGCACAUUUUCCAUCCUAGCAGUCAGUGAGAGGGCUGUCCAGGCCAAGCAUGUCCAGUUUGUGAGUGGUGCCCAUGUCGCUACUUUCUGGCUCUCUGCUCUGCUCUGGGAUCUCAUCUCCUUCCUCGUCCCUGCUCUGCUGCUGCUGGUGGUGUUUCGAGCCUUUGAUGUGCGUGCCUUCACACGAGAUGGCCACAUGGCUGAUAUGCUGCUUCUGUUGCUGCUGUACGGCUGGGCCAUCAUCCCCUUCAUGUACCUCAUGAGUUUCUUCUUCUCAAGCGCAUCCACAGCCUACACCAGGCUGACCAUAUUCAACAUCCUGUCGGGCAUCGUCACCUUCAUCAUGGUCACUAUCAUGCGCAUCCCAGCGGUAAAGUUAGAAGAACUUUCCAGAACCCUGGAUCGUGUGUUUCUGGUGUUGCCCAACCACUGCUUGGGCAUGGCAGUCAGUAGCUUCUAUGAGAACUAUGAAACACGCCAGUACUGCACCUCCUCAGAAGUUGCCUCCCACUACUGCAAGAAGUACAACAUCCAGUACCAGGAAAACUUCUAUGCAUGGAGCACCCCAGGGGUGGGCAGGUUUGUGACCUCCAUGGCUGCCUCGGGAUGUGCCUACCUCAGCCUGCUCUUCCUCAUUGAGACCAACCUGCUGUGGAGACUGAGGACCUUUAUCUGUGCCUUUCAGAGGAGGUGGACCCUGGCAGAAUUGCAUAGCCGGACUUCAGUGCUUCCUGAGGACCAGGAUGUGGCAGAUGAGAGGAACCGAGUCCUAGCCCCUAGCUUGGACUCCCUGCUUGACACACCCCUGAUCAUCAAGGAGAUUUCUAAGGUGUAUGACCAGCGGGCACCGCUCCUCGCUGUGGACAGGAUCUCCCUUGCUGUCCAGAAAGGGGAGUGCUUUGGCCUUCUGGGUUUCAAUGGAGCUGGGAAGACCACCACAUUCAAAAUGCUGACAGGGGAGGAGACCAUCACCUCAGGGGAUGCCUUUGUCGGAGGCCACAGCAUCAGCUCGGACAUCAAGCAGGUGCGGCAGCGGAUGGGCUACUGCCCCCAGUUUGAUGCCCUGCUGGACCACAUGACUGGCCGGGAGAUGCUGGUCAUGUACGCACGGCUCCGGGGCAUUCCUGAGCGCCUCAUCGACCCCUGUGUGGAGAACACACUGCGGGGCUUGCUUCUGGAGCCACAUGCUAACAAACUAGUCAGGACGUACAGUGGUGGUAACAAGCGAAAGCUGAGCACUGGCAUUGCCCUCAUUGGAGAGCCUGCAGUCAUCUUCCUGGAUGAGCCGUCCACUGGCAUGGACCCUGUGGCCAGACGCCUGCUGUGGGACACUGUGGCCAGGGCCCGGGAGUCUGGCAAGGCCAUCGUCAUCACCUCCCACAGCAUGGAGGAGUGUGAGGCCCUGUGCACGCGGCUGGCCAUUAUGGUGCAGGGUCAGUUCAAGUGUCUGGGCAGCCCGCAGCACCUCAAGAGCAAAUUUGGCAGUGGCUACUCCCUGCAGGCCAAGGUCCACAGCGAAGGGCAGCAGGAGGCGCUGGAGGAAUUCAAGGCAUUUGUGGAUCUGACCUUCCCAGGCAGCGUCCUAGAAGAUGAGCACCAAGGUAUGGUGCAUUACCACCUACCUGGCCAUGACCUCAGUUGGGCAAAGGUUUUUGGUAUCCUGGAGAAAGCGAAGGAAAAAUACGGAGUGGAUGACUACUCAUUAAGCCAGAUCUCUCUGGAGCAAGUCUUCCUGAGCUUUGCCCACCUGCAGCCCCCCACUGCGGAGGAGGGGCGAUGAGGAGCCUCCUGCUGCCUGCAGGGCACCAGGCAGGGACAGGAUGAGCCAGCCAGUGCACUCUUGUGCAUCCUCUCCCUCUGAGUUUCUCUUUUCUUUUUAAUCACUCUUUUCUAUGAUGGACAUGGAAAAAAAUUGAGGUGGAAAGAAUCAUGCACAGAAUGGACUGAGUGUGUCAGUGUCCUGACGUAGGAGUCAGCAUGCGGAUUUCCACCCCUGAAGGCAAACAAACGCUCAGGAACUCAGGAACUCACACUCCUAGAUCCAGAACCUAUUCGGUAGUGUGUGCUGCUGGCUGUUGGCUUUGGGUGGAGAGCUGCCCCAACUAGGACUACAUCUGACCUGGAGGUGGAACUCCUCUGUGUGCUUACACCGAGAGGACUCAGAGAUUUCCAUGUGUCCACAUGACACUACUCUCCUGGGGAGAAAAAAAAAAGGAAUUCAGGCCUUUCAGGCUUCUGUGAAUGGACAGAAAAUUACAGACUACUAUCAAUGAAGGGACGACAUCAGCGUGACUCUGUGCUGAGACUUUAGCUUUCAGCGCAGCCCCAGAAGCAUCCUUGGAAUUGAUGCUCAGCUACACCAGGCCAAGCUGACCCCAGGCCAGAGGUCAAUCUUUGUCAUUGUCCAGAAGCAAUCAGCACAGGAAGAGGUAGUGACUAGACUCAGAGCACAGGCCUCUUCCCCCAACUCUGCACCUUCAGGAAGUCACUUGUCAUCUGCAGGACAUCUGCAGCUGUCUCUUGCAGAUUUACUAGACAUAAGGUGACUCUAACCAAGAAAUAAAGGUUGAGGGGAUAUGACCAUAAUUUUCAAGUCACAUGUGCAAUGGGGGAGGAGGUAUCCUGGGGCCCAACCCUCCCACAAUCCAACACAAGUCUUUUAUACCAAAUUUCAAACAAAAGUAGGAAUUUGCUUUUCUCGGUAGGGAGAAAAACCACAGGACUUACUGCCAUCAAGUUAAAGGCUUGUAAGACAAAUGAAAAAGCUAGUGAGUCCAGUGCCCAACUGACAGCUCUGCCUGCAACCCAGAAAACUGUGGGUUGGUUGAAGCAGGAGGCUGCAGACCUGGGUGGGCAGGUCUAGCUGUGGCAUUUCCAGAACGUUCUUCAGCAUCAGCCCCUCUUCUUACUUAUAUACUACUUAUGGUUUUCUAAAACUUCGUGAUUUGAAAUAUCU